UUUGUUUCACUUUUCAAAAUUCCAGAGAGCGGCCAAAAUGCGGGCGAUUCCGACCUGGGUGGACAAGGUUCACGAUCGGGAUAAAGUCGAACAAUGUAUCUGGGACCUGGCCUUCAAACCUGACGGGUCCCAGCUCAUUGCUGCUGCUGGAAACAGGGUUCUGGUGUAUGAUACCAAUGAUGGUACCCUGGUCCAGCCACUGAAGGGACACAAAGACACAGUGUACUGUGUGGCUUAUGCCAAAGAUGGAAAGAGGUUUGCAUCAGGUUCAGCUGACAAGAGUGUCAUCAUCUGGACAUCCAAGUUAGAGGGCAUCCUCAAAUACACUCAUAAUGACCCUAUCCAGUGUGUGUCGUACAACCCAGUCACCCACCAGCUGGCCAGCUGCACCAGCAGUGACUUUGGCAUGUGGUCACCGGAGCAGAAGUCAGUUAACAAACACAAGGUUGGCAUCAAGAUCACCUGCUGCAGCUGGACUAACGAUGGCCAGUACCUGGCUCUUGGGCUGUACAAUGGAUGUGUCAGCAUCAGAAACAAGAAUGGUGAAGAGAAAGUAAAGAUAGAGCGGCCAGGAGGUGCCAUCUCACCCAUCUGGUCACUGGAAUGGAACCCGUCAAAGGAUGAACCAUUUGACAUCCUGACAGUUGCAGACUGGAGUCAGAAACUGUCCUUUUACCAGCUGAGUGGUAAACAGGUCGGGAAGGACCGUAACCUAGGUUACGACCCGUGCUGCGUGAGUUACUUCUCGCGGGGGGAGUACCUGGUGUGUGGGGGGGCGGACAAGCAGGUGUCGCUGUACACCAAGGAGGGGGUGAAGCUGGGGGUGGUGGGGGAGCAGCAAUCCUGGGUGUGGACCUGCCGCGUACGACCUGACCAAAACUUUGUGGCUAUUGGCUGCCAGGACGGGACCAUAGCGUACUACCAGCUGAUCUUCAGCACGGUACACGGCCUGUACAAGGACCGCUACGCGUACCGGGAGAACAUGACAGACGUUAUCGUACAGCACCUGCUCACGGAACAGAAGGUGAAAAUCAAAUGCAGAGACUUAGUGAAGAAGAUAGCCAUCUACAAACACAGACUUGCAGUCCAGCUGCCAGAGAAGAUCAUAAUUUAUGAGCUUUACUCAGACGACUCCUCAGACAUGCACUACAGAGUCAAGGAGAAGAUCGGGAAGAAGUUUGAGUGUAACCUGCUGGUGGUCACGUCCAACAACAUCAUCUUAUGUCAGGAGCGCCGUCUGCAGUGCCUGUCGUUCCAGGGCAUUAAGGAGCGUGAGUGGGUGAUGGAGUCUCUCAUCAGGUACAUCAAGGUCAUCGGAGGUCCUCCGGCCAGGGAGGGGCUACUGGUGGGGCUCAAGAACGGACAGGUGAUGAAGAUCUUUGUAGACAACCCGUUCCCGAUCCUGCUGCUGAAACAGAACACGUCUAUCCGCUGUCUGGACAUGAGUGCCUCGCGGAACAAGCUGGCCGUGGUGGACGAGAACAACACCUGCCUGGUGUACGACGUCAACACCAAGGAACUGCUCUUCCAGGAGCCGAAUGCCAACAGUGUAGCGUGGAACACCCAGGAGGAGGAGAUGCUGUGUUUCUCUGGGGGAGGAGUCCUGAACAUCAAGGCAGGGAACUUCCCCGUGCACCAGCAGAAGAUGCAGGGCUUCGUGGUCGGCUACUGCGGAUCCAAGAUCUUCUGUCUCCACGUCUACAGCAUGACGGCCAUUGACGUGCCACAGUCAGCUCCAAUGUACCAGUACCUGGAGAAGAAACUGUACAAGGAUGCGUACAGAAUAGGUUGUCUGGGGGUGACUGAUCUGGACUGGCAGCACCUGGCACAUGAGGCUCUGGAGGGGCUGGACUUCGAGACUGCCAAAAAGGCAUUCAUCCGGAUACGUGACCUCAGAUACUUGGAACUGAUAUACAGUAUCGAGGACCGUAUAAAGCGGGGAGAAGGGGAUGACCAGCAGUUCCUAGCAGACGUGUACGCCUACCAGGGCAAGUUCCACGAAGCGGCUAAACUGUACAAGCGCUCAGGCAACGAGAGCAAAGCCAUGAACAUGUACACAGACCUGCGCAUGUUCGAGUAUGCUAAGGACUAUGUAGGAAGCGGAGACCCCAAGGAUCAGCGUCACUUGAUCACCAAACAGGCGGAGUGGGCCAAGAACAUCAACGAACCGAAGGCUGCUGCUGAGAUGUACCUGUCUGCCGGGGAAAACACCAAGGCUAUAGAGAUCAUCGGGGACCAUGGAUGGCUGGAGAUGUUGAUCGACGUCGCCCGUCGGCUGGACAAGGCAGAGAGAGAGCCGCUGGCGAGAUGUGCUCACUACUUCAAACAGCUGGAACACUGGGCCUACGCAGCCGAGACCUACGCCAAGAUGGGAGACACCAAGGCUCUGGUCAUGCUGCAUGUGGACACUAGACACUGGGACGAGGCCUUUGCCCUUGUCGAGCGACACCCAGAGUUUAAGGAUGACGUGUACGUGGCGUAUGCACAAUGGCUCGCAGAGAACGACAGAUUUGAAGAGGCACAAAAAGCCUUCCACAGGGCAGGGCGGCAGCAGGACGCAGUCAAGGUCCUGGAGCAGCUUACCCACAAUGCCGUGAGGGAGAACAGGUUCAACGAUGCAGGUUACUACUACUGGAUGCUGUCCAUGCAGUGUCUGGAGAUUGCUGGAGACCCGUCCCACCAUGAACAGGAGACUGAGAUGCAGGAAAAGUUCCGCAGGUUCCAGAAGCUUGCAGAGAUGUACUACGCCUACCACUCCAUACAGAGAUACACAGAUGAGCCGUUCACGUCCCACCUGCCCGAGGCCCUGUUCAACAUCUGUCGGUUUGUUCUUCAUGCCAUGCAGGAGGACAAGGAGAUCCCACCCGGCGUCUCCAAAGUUGCGACCCUGCAUGCCCUGGCCAAACAGAGCCGGACCCUGGGCGGGUACAAGCUGGCCCGGUACGCAUUUGAGAAGCUUCAGGCACUGAAGGUGCCCAAACGCUUCCAGGAGUCCAUCGACCUGGGCAGCAUCACCAUCAGGUCCAAACCUUUCCAUGACAGCGAGGACCUACUGCCGAUGUGUUACCGCUGCUCCACCACCAACCCCCUGCUGAACAACCAGGGGAACCACUGCAUCAACUGUAGACAGCCGUUUGUACACUCAUUCUCUUCUUUUGAGGUUCUCCCUCUGGUAGAGUUUGUGUUGGAGGACGGGAUCAGUGAUGAGGAGGCCCUACAGCUGCUGGACCAGGAACCCUCCUCCAAGAAGGGCAAGGACAAGUGGAAGGAGAACAAGAUGAAGGGAGACAUCCAGAGCAUGCGGUUUGAUGAUGACACAGAUGACCUAGAGAACGAUGACCCCUUCACCAGCAGACUCAUGAGCUUUGAGCAAGGCGGUUCAGACUUCACGCCUGUGGUAGUGAACCGGUCAGUGCUGCAGGCCAUCAGCCGUACAGAGGUGUUCAUCAAACGAUGGUCCAAACCCAUGCAGUACCAGUACUUCCGCUCACUACUGCCCGAUGUGUCCAUCGUCAUGUGUGACUCUUGCUGGCAGUUGUUCCAUCUAGAUGACUAUGAGUUGCUGGUACUACAGAAGGGCUACUGUCCAUUCUGCCGCAAGGCGACCGACGAGUGAUGGACAGGUGUCAAUCAUCUUUUCACUCGGCAGAUGCUCUGCAGAAUGACUCACACUUUUGUUGUUUGGUUCACAUGAAUAUAGAAUUGGUUGAAAAUAAGUAAAGAUACUCUUUUUACACAACUAAGUGUUUAUUCACCUUCGUCAAGGCAAUUCUGACUGGUUCAUAUUGCACUGCAGCACAGGUGUCGCUGCUAUAGAUGCAUUCC